AUGAGCGCAUCGAGGUUCAUAAAGUGCGUGACCGUCGGUGACGGAGCAGUGGGUAAAACUUGCCUGCUCAUUUCGUAUACCAGCAAUACCUUUCCCACUGAUUAUGUGCCAACCGUUUUUGACAAUUUUAGUGCUAAUGUUGUUGUGGAUGGGAGCACCGUUAAUCUUGGGUUAUGGGAUACUGCAGGUCAGGAGGAUUACAAUAGAUUAAGGCCUUUGAGCUACCGUGGGGCUGAUAUCUUCAUACUUGCAUUCUCCCUUAUCAGCAAAGCUAGCUAUGAAAACAUUUCUAAAAAGUGGAUUCCUGAAUUGAGACAUUAUGCCCCUGGUAUUCCAAUCAUUCUUGUUGGGACAAAGCUUGAUCUCCGCGAGGAUAAACGGUUCUUUGCAGACCAUCCAGGAGCAGUACCCAUUACGACUGCUCAGGGAGAGGAGUUGAGGAAGUUGAUUGGAGCAGCUGCAUAUAUUGAAUGCAGUGCAAAGACGCAGCAGAAUGUGAAGGCUGUCUUUGAUGCUGCAAUUAAGGCUGUUCUUCAACCAACGAAGCACAAGAAGAAAAAGAGGAGCAGAGGUCAAAAGGCUUGCAGUAUACUGUGA